AGAAGAAGAAGAAGAAGAAGAAGUAGGAGGAGCCGAACUGAAAACCAGCGAAGAAGAAAGUUAGCGCGGGCUGUUUGACUGGUUAGCUAGCUGCUACAAACAUUAGCUGAGUUCGGAUCUGUCAACACGUGAGGCCGUCAUGGAGUGCACAGAAAGCAGGUUCCCUCACCUGCUGCAGCCCAUCAGGGAGCUCACCAAGAACUGGGACAUCGACGUGGCGUCAGAGCUCAAUGACUACUUGGAAGAGCUGGAUGAGAUGUGCAUCACGUUCGAUGGAGGGAAAACCAGACUGAACUUUGCAGAAGCAGCUCUGUUGAUCCAGGGUUCAGCCUGCAUCUACAGCAAAAAGGUGGAGCUCCUGCACAGCCUGGUCUACCAAACCCUGGAGUACAUCAACGACAGGAACAAGAAACGACAUAAACAGACAGCAGAGUCUCAGGAGGACGGUGAAGACGGAGCAGUGGACCGCCACGAUUCUGACGAUAUGGCCGAGUUCACUCCUCUGGAGCUCGACGCCUCAGAGAAGUCAAAGAAAGCCGACUCAAACACGACAGUGAACGUAACUCCUCUUCCUCCUGAGUCUCUGAUUCCUCCUGAAACUCAUGAGAAGCAGAAACUUCCUCUCAUCAGUGUGAAAGGGGAGGUCCUGUGCAGUCUGAGGGACUUCAGGAUUAACAUCUUCAUCCCUGGAGACGAGGACAUGAUCCUCCUCACGCUGGGAUCGGCUGCUUCAAGGUUCCUGCUGGAAAUUGAUCAACUAGCUGCAGAGACUGCAAACCAGCAACAACAACAACAAGACGCUGCUGCUGCAGGUGAAGCAGCAUUUGAUGCCGCCGUCGGUCCUGUUGAUGUCGGUGACGGAGUUGACGCUGCCGACAGCUUCCUCCCGAUGGAAGACGAUCACAUGGAGCAGGAUGUUGACGAACAUGUGGAAAGACAAGAGGCUCCGAGCGAAGGCCGGAUGAUCAGAGAGAGACGACAGCUGGAGGACGACAAACUGAAGAGGAAGGAGGCUCCUCCUCCGGUGAAUGUGUGGGCGCACCACGACCCGUACGCCAUCCUCGGGGAGGACAAACCCUUUAAAUCAGGAAAAUGUUACAAAGUACCCGACGGUCUGGACGACGGUGGGAAGAGGAAGAGGAAACGAGGAACGGCUCUGCAAGACUUUAGGAGCUGGUUCAGAGGAACCUUUGAUCCUCCAGAGCACAAACUAAAGACUGGACCCACGUUCACAGAUCUGAACUACAUCUACCUGAGCACCAUGAAAGACAAAGUGAAGACGAGGAAGAGGGUCCUCAGGAGAGCGGGUGUCGUCGUCUCUGAUGAGGAGCUGAGGCGGACCUUCCUGCAGCCAGAGGCGGGGCCACAUCAACAAGGGGAGGAGCCUGUGGAUGGAUUCAGACACCCUGACCUGCUGGGUGGAGAUGACGACAUCUCAGAUAACGAACAUGAACCAUUCCCGGACGAUAUUCCUGCUGAGUUUGGAGGAGGAGCAGAUUUCAUUUCACCAGACGCUCAGAGAGACGAGCUGAGUUAUGAAGAUCUGGUGAAGCUACGAGUGGAGCAGCUGGUGGUGAACAGCCGAGGUUACACUCAGGAGACGGCUCUGAGUCGGAGAGUUAAGGACUGGGAGGACAAGAUCCGACCUGAGCUCAUGCUGCAGGAGGCGCGUCCAGUGUUUGACAUCCACGAUUAUGGCGAUCGGAUCAUUGGAGCGCUGAACGCCGUCGGUCAGCGUCGAUCCUUCGCCUCCAUCGUGUCGGGGUUGGAUAACUUUGAAGCCUGCAAAUAUAUGCUGGCUACACUGCAGCUGGCGAACGACUACACAGUGGAGGUGGACUCGGCUGUCGGUCUGGAGGAGAGCGUGGACUCGAUGGGUCUGACUCUCCUCAGCACUCACAAAGCGACAGAUAGAUUCAAAACUCUGACCUCUUCGACAUGAGACCAACCAGGACUCCAAACACAUGAGAUCAAACGUGCGUGUGCUCUAAGGGUAUUUUAUCCUCCUUUACCUCCACAUGAACAUAUUUCUAUGUUACUCUCUCUGUACCUCUGAUUCCUUCUGUCACUAAAUCAUGAUCCGUCUCUGUGACAGAGGAACCAUGACUUAUAAUCACGUGUUCUGUCUUCCAGCUAUUUCUGAAAUCUGAAUAUUUGUAAUAAAAACAUGUCCUUUGGAACA